GCAACUUUCUUUGAUGAUUAUUCUUAUCAGCCAUUAAGCAUAUCAAUUCCCUGCAUCUCUAUCUUUUGGCCUGCCUGAUUCAGCUAUCUUCUUACGCAUUCGCCCUAUUCUCUACUUAACCACCAAUGUGCCACAUUCGCAAGCACCUCCACAAAAUCUGCAGAUGCCAAACAGACUACAUUUACCUCUGCAGCACCUUCCAAGUCCCACCAUGUCCUUCAUAUCCAGCUGCAGACUCCCGAUUUGUUCAAGUUCGAAACUCCAUUUUCGUCGUCGACAUUCUAUCGCGCUGCCCCAAUCUCGACAUGUAUCCAGACAUCGUGGAUCCAUAUCCAUGCUCCAAGCAUCAACACCUUCUAGAAGAAUACCCAGCGCUCGUUCUAGGCCCACCGCCGACAGAUGGUCGACAUGGUUUCGCCAACGAAAGUUCAGGGGAAUCCGCAGAACGAUGUAAACCAAAAGAAAAUGACAAUCCGAGCAUUGACUCUAAGCACACUUCGGAAACGUCAGGCAAAUGGCAACGUUCAGGACUCCGAAAAUCGGGACGGCGACAAGACAAUGAGUCUCUGCCAGACGAUCGCGCCAGCGAGAAGAGGAAAUGUUCGGGAGUUCGGAAUCUUUGGGGAUUGCUGGAUCCCUAAACGAGAAAAUAGACAUACUACAUCCGCUGCGAGAAUACCUUGGAAAUAAAGCGGACGUCGAGGAAUGGCAGCAUGAUUUAUCCCCAUACCAUGGCUCCUAUCCGGCCUUUCGUCUGUGGCUUUAUCGAGGCUAGGCGAGCGAAAGUGCGCUUUGGUUCAACCUGAGGAGACAGGCCAUAUGGCUGGAGUUUCCCAGAUAUGCAGCCAAACCGAUGGCCGAAAAGUUAUCUAAAGAUCAUCGACAAAUGGCUUUAUCAAGGAAGUGAAAGCUACUUAGCAAGGAGCAAAAGUUUGGUCAUAUCCCUUUCUUGGUAUCUUGGGCAUAAUAAAUACAAAUAAUCG